AUGAGCGUCAAAGCUGCGCUGGUGUGGGAGGUGAGGGCUGAAGGCGCUGAGGGCGCAGAGUGCGGCCGGGCCAUCGACGUGCAACACCAGACGGCGAGGUUCGGAUCUGUGCAGCCGGACUGGCGUGGUGGGAUCACCGGGCAGCUCCGUUUGAGACUCAUGCGAGAGAAGGGGCUGGAAGGGACGCCGAUCUACGCCGAGGCUAUGAGCCUGUACCGCGACUUACCUUUGGCGACGGAUGUUCUCGUCAAGCUGAUCGGUAGUACACAGAACACCACCGAGGUCCUGCGUGCUGACGGCGUGGUGUCCAAGGAUGGGGAUCUUAUUGUGACCGCGCGCAGGUUCGACCCUUUCCGGUUCCACCUCCUCCAGCUUAUCGUCGUUCCAAUUCUGCCCGACACUCAUUUUCAAGUUCGCUGGACGAGCAUACCGAACGAUGGCACGCGCAUGCGACUGCGCAAAAAGGUCGCAAUGAUCCUCACGUGGAUGAGCAAGCGGGUCAUCCGUGUUCAGCGGAACAAGGCCGUAGAGCGGGAGGCCACCUGUCUUUUCGUCCCUGCUUGGGUCGUCAAAGGAGGUGUUCAAAAAGGCGGAUCAUUCGAGCCAGCUGACGACUGGGACUGGGACCUGAGGGUGAAGAAGGUUCAGCCCCUGGGUGAGUCCUCCACCGGGUCGCUUCGUGGUGGAACCCCGGGAUGCUGCGGAGGAGCGGUGGGGUCUGUGGCCGCGGCGCCGGCACCAGUGCGCUUUGACCAGGGAGACUCUCCAGCAGCGUGGGCUGCGAAGCAGUAUGGAUGCAAGUUGCUCGACCGGGUGCCAAGGGCAGGUCUGAAUUUUCUGGGGAAGUCUGCGGAUGCCCUCUGCGCGAUGGUCGACGAUGCUUUGGCUACGGGCGAGUGCGACUACUCCAAGCUUUGCGAGCAAUGGCGAAUCGCUCAGGCGGAACACGACAACCGUCUUCCUACAGGACAACUUGCAAGCCUCUUGGCUUGCCAAGUCAAAGCGCAGAAGCUGCCAUGGCCCCCAAUGCCCGAGUCCUGCCCUUGGACGAACUUUUCCUCCUGGGCGUACGACAAGGUGUUCUUGCAGAAAACGAUCCCGAUGCCGACGUAUGUGAGCAAGGCCAACGUCGAGGUCCCUGUCUUGUUCCAGAGCCUCUCUUCUCUUCGCCCGAGUCUGCGUCCACUUGGUGUUGCAGCCGCACGACUGAUUUGUCUUGAGCAACUUGGUAGCCCGGUGGUACCCUUUGCCAUGUGUUGUUAUGGGUUCCCAUAUAAGAGUAGCCAACGCAAAACAAGUGUGCCUUUAUUAUGGUAUGGUAUGGUUACUGGGCUACCAAGGCAGCCCUGGCUGAAGUGGGCCAACUCCUGCGCAUGUAGGCGAACGAGCAAGUUCGAGCGCGAUCGCAAAGGCCACAGGCGACGGAUAGAGGAAGACAAGAGCAACACAUGGUUUCAUUGGAUGUCGUCGGCAGUUCGUACUGGGUCGAUGGACAUGAUCCGAAGCAUCCACGGGUGUGUGACGGAGAAGAUGAGUACCUUGCAUGGCCUGGGAAUCAUGUCGUAUCGUGUUUCCAAAGCGUUGAAAUUCCGAUGA